AUGUUGGAAAAUCAUAGUGCAGUUGAGGUUAUAAAGAAGGGGAGGAGUGAUGGUCGUGGAGGUAGUGGUGAAGUCAUGAAAGAUGGUGCUGUUGGAGCUGGUGCUAAGAGAAGCUGCCUGACCCUGGUGCAGCUGCUGAACUAUCCCUAUUCGGAGAAAAGGAAAAAUUAUAAUCCCACAAUUUUGCGCAAACAUCAUUAUGCAAGAUUAUCACCUUUUAAGACUCUUGUUACAUCAAAAUCAAACAACACUAUAGAUAACUAUAAUCUCCAUGAGUACGCUGUAAUUGGGGUGCUCGGUAAUUUUCUUGGAGCGCAAGCAAAAAUAAAUAUUUGGACACCGUUUACUGAAGCACAUGAAAUGAGUAUAUCCCAAAUUUGGGUUUUUUCUGGUGAAGACAAAGAUCUCAAUACUGUUGAAGCUGGAUGGCAUGUGUACAAGGACAUGUAUGGUGACGACCAGACCAGAUUUUUCAUAUACUGGACAGUAAGUAUUCCCUUUUGUUAUAUAAAAUGA